AUGAAUAAAAUUAUAUGUAUGGAUGAGAAGGAGGAGGAGGAAAAACACCACCCCCUCCUACAACCAUUCCUCCACCCACCCUCCGCCGCCACCGCCACUCCGCCGGCCGACCACCGGAAUCCAAACAAUCUCAACCUCGCUUUCCGAUUCUCGUUCGUGGCCUUUGUCGGCAUACUCUCCGCGUGGGCCAACCACGAAGCUUCGAAAGGCUACGCCGUCACCGUAGUCAACGGGGCCCACGGCACUCUCGCCGGAAAACGGUUCCAACUCUUCUACGCGUCUAACGACGAGGCCACGCGUGUUCUCGUCAAGACAAGCCACGUCAUCCAAUCCAUUCUCUAUCCCGACAACAACAAUACUCCCUCCGAUGACAAAAAACCCGUCUCGCACGUGGUUUUGGAGUUGACCGGCCACGAUUUGACCGACGACGUCAUCGUCCGACGUGGCGCGGGCCCCGGCGAGUUCGUGGUCCGAAUAAGCCGCUCGGUUAUGGAAGGCCCCGACUACGAUCGGGCCGUGGUCCGAGCGGUGCGGAGAGGCGCGGCUCGUGUGUGGCUGUGGGAUGGGCCGAUAAAUCUAGUCAACGGAAUUGUAGAGCUUUUGGCGGGAGAAUUGGGCGGGCCCAUGGCCGGUCCAGGCCCGCUUGACUGGGCCGGUGCGUGCUGGACGCCCGAGGACCCGAGGGAGGUGGCGGAGUUCUUGAGGUACUGCGAGGUUCGGGCCGGGCCGGGCUUUGUUGGGAGAUUGAACCGCGCCAUGAAGGACGGUUGGGAGGAUGGAAUAUUGGAAGGCUUGUUAGGACAGCCUGUGCAGGAUCUGUGUAGAGAGUAUCAUGAGAAGUCGUUGUCGUACAACGUUUCAAGCGCGUAG